CAAUCACAAGAAAAAGAAGAAAAACCUUAGCUCGUAGAAGUUAUAAAUAAAUAAAAAGAACUUGUACUUCGCCUUCUGCCCCCAACACAUUAAGGUGAUCAAUGGUGAUAGGGUACGGGUAUAGUGAUGAUUCUCACGGCAAUCCAGCAGGGCGGUGGCAGGCGGCCGGAGAUGACGAAUAUCUUAACCAGCGAAGCCAACCGCCACCAUUCAUGGCCGCCGCCGGCGGUCAACGUUCAACCUUCACAAGGAACUACUACUCCCCUGAUAAUUACUCCGCCGGUGAUGGCUCAAACAACUACUAUGCCAUGAAGGCCGAAACCGCCGUCGCCCGACCCGUGGUCAACCAUCAAUUUUUCAUUGACGGUGUGCCGGUGAACAUCGAGCGACCGGCAGGCGUGGGAAAUGACGGUAAUGUUAUCUAAAUAUCAAAUAAAUAUGCAUGCAUUAAUUGAAUAAAAAAGAAGUAAUUAGAAAUACUUGGAUAAAACCGGACCUAUGAAUCAUUGUCUCCUUAAGACGAAUUUACCCACAACACAAGUAGCAAUCGCUUCUCUGAAUAGAACUGUUUUUCGUUCCCGAAGGACACCGGCAAACCAAACGAUGCACUAGAAUGAUGGAGUUUUGGAUGAGGAAGAUGAAGAAGACUUUAUUGUGUUUUAUCGGACUUAUGAUUGUCUCGUCAAAAAUGCAGGAGCCAAUAGGGAUAUAAGUACUAUGGUCAGGAGCCAAAAAUGCAGGUCCCUUAGGGAGUGUUUGCAAUUGCUUAAAAAAAAGCACUUCUCAGCUUUUGGCUUAGAAAAGCACUUAUUUACCAAACACUUCCAAUUUUUACUUUUUUUCGGCUUGCGUGUGAAAAGUGUUUUUCCCUUUUCUAUUACACAAAAAGCACUUAUUUUACCAAACACUACCAACUUUUACUUUUCAAAAUCACUUUUUUCUCAAACACUAUCAACUUUUACUACUAAUCACUUUUUCAUUACAUCUCCAAAAGUGCUUUUUUUUAAACAGAAGCAGUUGCAAACACUCCCUAAUCCCAAAAGGCACAUAUUUAGAAAAAGGUGACAACAUUUCUUCUAAGUGUUGCCUUAUCCGAAAUUAAUUAAUUUUACCAAAAUCAUGUUUAAGGGAGUGUUUCUAUGCCAUGAAGGCCGAAACCGCCGUCGCCCGACCCGUGGUCAACCAUCAAUUUUUCAUUGACGGUGUGCCGGUGAACAUCGAGCGACCGGCAGGCGUGGGAAAUGACGGUAAUACCCCCGAAGAGGAUAUAGAGGAUACCUUCAACAGAUAUCGUGCGGCGGCGAUUGCUGCCGUAAAGGCUGGCCCAUCUUCCGGUGGCUCAACGCCCUCAACUACCACCAAUAAGCCGAUGACAUGGGGGAGGAGGUCCUCGUGGAAGACCGCCGACGAAGAGUCGCCUCCUCCCGCCGGUGGUCGCCGUGAUGGCGGCCAAGAACCGAGCCGCCCGAAUUGGGCUUCUGGGCCGAGGCCCAAUACCCGCGACGGCUCAUCCUACGGUUCAUCAGCAGUUACAGAGGAGGGUGAAGGUGAAGCUAAAGUCAAAGAUGGCGUUGACUUUGACUCUCCUGCACAUGUUGAGAAAGGCAAGGACCAGAGAUAUACUUCCGGCCAGCCGCCGCUUAAACAGCUCGAGAGGUUGACCAUCAACGACCGCCAGAGGCCGUUGACCAAAUACGAUGACGGGUCCGGGGAGAACAGAGGUUAUCAGGCGGCGGCGGCGGAUAACAAAGAUCUCACGAAGAAAUCUGACGGCGGCGGCGGGAAAUCACCAUGGAGCAGUGGGAAGCAAAAUUACGGAUGGGGCAUGAACUCCGGCAGCCGGCAGCCGCCUGCUCCGUCGCCGAAGCGAUACGGUGGGUUUGGGUAUAACUCUGUCACCACAAAUUCGUGGGGUCAGAUCGCUCCAGUACAGCAGCAGAGAGGCUAUGUUAAUGUGAUGGACAGCAAUGAAGCAAGGCGGCGAUAUGGGAAUCUCCGGCCAGCUGCACCGGCGGCGAUGGGGUACUACAAUGGUGUUGGAUCGGUGAUUACCAGUGAUGAAGCUGUGAGGAAAUAUGGUGGCUUCUAUCUCCCUAAUCGGUAUUAACAAGACCGGUCAGGCCGGUGGAGGCUAUUAUUGACUUUCUCACCUUGCUUGUAUGCUUGGUCUCUGACUCUGCAAAGAAUAAAUAAAAUAUGCUAGAAAAGUUGUAAUAAUAUGAAUAAAUGUGGAGAAAAUCCCUAAACAAUAUUCUUUUCCUCCCUUAAAACUUGACCACUUAGACG